AUGCCGAGCGAGUCGGCUACUACCCCAGAAAAAGCCAGCCAUAGCACCCAGCGAACUUCGAAGUCUUUACAAAGCCUCUUUGUUACUGGAUAUUUGGGUAUCCCCAUCUUCUUAGUUCUCAUCUUCGGAUAUAAGAUCAUCUACAAAACGAAGGGUUAUAAGCCCGAGGAAGUUGAUCUGUUUUCUGGGAAGGAUAUAAUUGAUCGAGAGGAGGAAGAGUUUCUUGCACGAAAGGCCGCUUCCAAAGCCGCUCAAGCCAACGAAGUUAAGAGUAAUGGACGUUGGUUCUAUCGCCACUUCAUUGCCUGGCUCCUGUAA